UAUGAGACAUUUCCCAUUAUUUUUAGUUAUCCCGCAUAUGAACGAGCUUUGAAACAUUAAACUGUACUUCAAGUACAACCAAUAUAAACGAAAAUGGACGGUGAUGGGGUAAAGGAUAAUACUUCCAAAACAAGCGAAAAUCCUAACAAUAAAUUUGAGGAACCAUUAGGACUAACUACAAAUAUUGCACUUGAAACAUUGCAACGUGAUAUCAAAAGAGUUCUACAGGAAUAUGAAGAAGAUUGCAGGAGAAACAAAAAAUAUAAAGCUUGGCUAAAGGAUACUUUACAUCAUCGUAGUCAGUACACAACACUUUGUUGGACUUCAGCAAUUGCACUUUUAAUCAAUAGCAUUAUCCUUGUUAGUGCAUCCUUCACAACCAACGAUACAUGGUACCCUACACUGCCUUAUGAAGGACUGACUGUCUGUUUUUUAGUAGUGAUAAAUUUUAUUUUAGUCGUAUCAGAUAAUAAAUUACGACACAAAGAAAUUCCUUAUAGAGUACGAAUUCUUCUUGACCAAUUAGAAGUGGCAAAGAAUAUUUGCCAAUGGGAUCCAGAAAAUUAUCCACAUUUAUGCAGUCCAUUGUCCCCUUGUUUAACACUGCAAUGGACUUAUCGCAAUGGCCAUAUAGUUAAUUUGCCUUGGGCAUUGUUGGUUGCUGGAGAUAUUAUUGUGAUGAAACCUGGACAACAAGCUCCUGGAUACUGUAUCCCUUAUAAUGAUGGCGAUGGACCAAUAUUACACGCAAGAGAAGUGUACUGCCCACAGGUUCAUAGUGCCAAUGAAAUUUUUUCCACUCCUCAAGCACGAAUACCGCUAAAGAAUAAAAUCUACAAGCUUCAAGAAACCCCAUACUUGAUGAAUCUUAGAAUGGCUCUGGAUCAAGCCCUCGAUAGACCAGUCACGUAUCACAAUCGCAAACGGCACCUCUUAAUGAUUUGCUGCAUCGAACAAUUAGCUUAUCCAAUUCUUCUAAUAAUUGUGCUAGUAGUUAAUUUAUUUCGAUACUUGUAUCUUUGGGAAUACUUUGGUAUAGGUUACUGGAACGAAAUGUUCUUGCUACAACCAAUUGCCAUCAGCAUUCCUUUGCUUCCAUUAGUAUUUCCUACUUGUUGGAUCUUCUUGAAUUGUUUUGGUAUGGCCCGGUUCAAGGCUUUAUUUAAACUUUAUCAAUCUUCAAAGAAGCUGCAGUUUGUGGAUCCUUUUGAGGAUGCAGACAUUUCUGGACCAAGUCAUCCAGAAGUGGUGUACAAUUGGAUGGAAUUGAAAGAGUAUUUUUUCAAGAUUCUCUUUGGUAAAGAGCAUAUGAUGUCGAGGUCUGCGAGUAUUCUACACGUUCUAGGAUCAGUCACGGCACUGUGUUGUGUGGAUAAAAAAGGAAUUCUCUCGUGGCCUAACCCAACAGCCGAAAAAGUAUUUUUUCUACGGAACGCCAAUACCUUGUCUCCGUCUUCGAGCACCGGUAGUUUAGACAGAAGUUCCGAGCCUCAGUGCCAAACUCAAACCGAGGAUUCCAAACAAGACUCGAAUAAAACGUCAUACGUACAGCAUGACAUGUCUCAUUCAACGGCCGAGGUUCUGGACCUGACUCACGAUCAUGCUUUGCCAUUUCGUCUGCAAUUCGACGACCAUUCUUGGAGGCAACAUUUGAACUCGUUAAAGCCCUUAGGUUUAGCAAUUCUAUUGAACACGUGUAACAUGGACACGCAAGAGCAUUACAUGCAAUUUUGUUGUCAUGUCACAUGUGAGGCUCAGUAUAACGAAAAUCUUGUGCCAGUCACCAACAGACGCUACCAGGAUCACAGUAUAGAAGAUAAGAGUGGGUAUCGAGCAAAAGAUACAAUGCAAAGUUCAAGACAGAUGUAUUUAGACGACGAAUCGGGGAGCCUUGGACAAAUGUGGUGCUUGUGUGAGUUAGCGAAACAGAUAGGUUUCCAAGAUCAAGCGCAGCACAUAUUCCAUUUGGAGCAACAAUUGUCUACGUUCAGACAUGUGCAGCCAGAAAUGGUUCGACGAGACAUCAAAUUUGCACGGUCUCUGAGCAUCGCGACCAAAUUAAAGUUUCCAUUUCCACACAUGGUCGCCGUGGUGGUCAGAGAACGAACCGGUGGCGGUUUGCAAUUACUUACACAGGGUACAGCGGAUAUAAUUUUAGAUUCUUGUAUCGAAUUUUGGGACGGUCACGAUCUCUGCCCGCUUUCAGCUUCAGACAGGAAAAAGGUGCAGGAUUUUUAUCAGAGGACUAGCUUAACUUCGUAUUGCACCGCGUUUGCUUAUAGACCUCUGACACGAGGCAUCGGAGAUAAAAUGUCGAAAAUAUACAUCGAACUUCCUGCAGACAGCAAACACUUGUACGCACCACAUAGAAGUCCUACGCCGUUACCAUGGGACUUUAGAAAUGUUCUUGAUCCCAGAGUGAAAGGCAUACUGGGACAGUUUCAUUCGACUGAUUCCCUCUUAUGCAAUGAAAACAAGGACGACAGCGUGAACGACGUAGAAAGUUGUUUCGAAAUUCAAUGCAAUCAAGUAUUCAUCGGAAUGGUGACUAUGCAAUACCAAGCGCAAACAGACAUGGUGCAACUCAUCGAGCAACUGGACAGAGCAUGCAUACGCUUCGUCCACUUCAGCAAGGAGAACGAAUUAAGGUCACGCGUGUUCUCGGAGAAAAUGGGACUCGAAAGCGGAUGGAAUUGUCACAUAUCGUUGCUCAGUGAAAGAGCUAGGUCCGAGAGUCCAGUGGGAUGGUGGGUGAGCCAGGCAGCAGCCAUGUCCUCACCCACUCCCUCGGCCCAAUCUCAUCAGCAUAAUUACUCCUGCAUGGAUGAGGCCAGCCACUUGCUUAAUCGUGUCUCUCCUCGCACGAACCUGGACAACAGCCGUGCGAUGAGUAUGUCAGCCCCAAGUGCCAUAAACACGGACUUCUCCACCGUGAAAUUCGACGACGAGACUACAGAAUGGAACGACACAGGGGCGUCACAAGUGAAAAGUGCCAUGAGCCACAGUCUAAGUCAACUAGUACAGAGGAUCACGAAAGGAUCAUCGCACUUCUCGGAGGACACAGUGAGAAGCGAAGACAGUGUUCUGGUGCAAAGUGUGGAUUUGGGGUCUGGUCAAGAAGCGUGGAGAUCUUUGAGCUGCCUUACAGACAGCACGGAACAGAGUGCUCCUGUGAACUUUGAUUUAUCGAAUAGAGCAAAACUACCUCGAGGUAUCGAUAAGAUUCGUCCACACAUAGAACUGAUAGACAACGUGCCUCUUUUGGUGUCCUUAUUCACGGACUGCAACACAGCUGUUACAAGAGAAAUGUUGCACAUCAUGCAGGAUUAUGGAGAAGUUGUUUGUGUACUUGGCUCUUCAGCUAAUGCAGAAAACAUGCCGAUCUUCAUGCAAGCCGAUGCGGGGGUGGCGGUGGAACCUUUGUAUCCUCAAGUUUGCCAGAGGGUUCCGGUGCUGCUGUCGACGAGGGACAAUCAGGGACCCUCUCCGGUGGAUUUGAGCAGGGCGUUGAACUCUAUUGCUUGCUCGUUGAGUGUGAAGAGGGAGGAUCCCAUCGCCAUCUUUCAUUUGAUCAUGGAGGCCCGCCAUUACAUGACAUAUCUAUGGAACUGCGUGCAAUUUUGGCUGUGUUGCACAGUGACUCUGUCCAUCACUCAAGCUCUCUCCACCUUCCUCUUACUACCACCCCUAUUUUCCGUCGAUCAAGUCUUAUGGCUCAGUUGUUUAAUCAUUCCAAUGUUAUCCAUAUCACUGAUCGCCGCACCUAUGGAUUCUACCAUAAUGCAACGUGCAACCGGUAAAAAUCAGUGCACCAUAAAUGGACAGAUCGCGUUGUUCGUGCUGUGGUGUUACGGUAGUAAAUUCUUACCGACCAUCGUAACCAUAGUUUUAUCGCAGUGUAUUUCCUUUUUUACUCUGUGCCCUUUGUACACGACGACCUCGAAGUGCCUGUAUGUGUACCCCAACGUGAGCGGGGAAGUUUCAUGGGGUGGUUGGGGCGCUAAACCAAACGUUAUCUUGACGAUACAACAUUUUGCUCUGACGCUAUUGGUUUUAAAUUUAGUAACAAUAUCUAUAGGCUUUGUACAUAGAGAGUAUUCAAUUUGGAAGAAACAACCUUUUAACAAUUUCGUGUGGUUUUUAAGUGCAUUUAUAGCAUUAUGCGCACAAGCAGCAUUCUCAGGGACUGUGUUCUACACAUUUUGGAAAGAAGAGGGUCAGAACAUCGAAGAGUUUCCUCUGCAUAUUCCUUUAUUUUUCUUACUUUCGUUGCCGUUGAUCUUCACGAUCAACGAGUUGAUCAAGUGGCAGGAAAUUAAAGUGAACGUGAGGUAUCAAAAGAGGGCACGGCUAGAAUUUGGUACAAAACUAGGAAUGAAUUCGCCGUUCUAAAGACUUUCGAUGUUGAACGGAAAAUCAGGAGCGUGUUGAUAAAAAGAG